CGCGCCAGCUGCCGCACGUCAUGAUUCUACCCCAGGUGAGCGACGAUGUACCCAGACACUACCACCCCGUUUACCGCAGGACCGCCGGCAACCAGUAACCUGACAGACGGGGAAGAAGAUCUGCCUGAAGACGCUUUCUCGCUGCUGUCGGUGCUCCUAGUUGGAUUCCUCCUUGUGAUCCUGAUAUUCUUCUCGGUCGCCGGCAACGUUCUGGUCUGCGUGGCGAUCUACACCGACCGCGGGCUACGGAGGAUCGGCAACCUCUUCCUGGCCUCGCUCGCCGUCGCCGAUCUCUUCGUCGGUGGGCUGGUAAUGACCUUUGCCGGGGUGAACGACCUCCUCGGCUAUUGGAUCUUCGGCUUGUGGUUCUGCGACAUCUGGAUCGCCUUCGAUGUUAUGUGCAGCACUGCCUCUAUCCUCAAUUUAUGCGCCAUCUCCCUCGACCGUUACAUUCACAUCAAGGAUCCCCUCAGAUACGGCCGUUGGGUGACUAGAAGAGUCGCUAUCGGCGGCAUCGCCGUCGUGUGGCUCUUGGCAGGACUUAUAUCCUUCGUACCGAUCAGCCUAGAUCUUCACAGGGCAGGUCAGCCAGCGCUCUAUAAUGACGAAAUAGAGGAGCACCCUACGUGUGCCCUAGACAUUACACCCACUUACGCGGUGGUGUCCUCUUGCAUAUCUUUCUACGUGCCCUGCAUCGUGAUGUUGGGGAUUUAUUGCAGGCUCUAUUGCUACGCGCAGAAACACGUUAGAAGUAUCCGGGCGGUGACGAAGCUGCCGGACACCUCCAUGGCCAAGAGUUUUCGUUCGAAGAGCAGUCGCUGUAAGCCACCGAAGCCGCAGACGAAGACGAAGCCGACCAGCCCUUACCACGUGUCCGACCACAAGGCCGCGAUCACCGUCGGCGUAAUCAUGGGCGUAUUCCUGAUAUGCUGGGUGCCCUUCUUCUGCGUCAACAUUGUCGCAGCCUACUGCAAGACCUGCAUAUCUCUCCGAGCGUUCCAGGUUCUCACGUGGCUCGGCUACAGUAACUCGGCCUUCAACCCGAUAAUCUACAGCAUCUUCAACACUGAGUUCCGGGAGGCGUUCAAGAGGAUCCUCACGAAGGGGGCGCGCGCGAGAGGCAAUCAGCCGUCGACCAGCGAGUGCGGCGAGUUCCGCUCGGUGGUGGUGCAGAAGCGCAACGGCUCCAUGAUCGAGUGCAAUAUCAGUCCGAGAUCGAGCGCGGACAGCUGCCAGGUCGGCGUCAUGGCUCAAAGGCAUCGCGACACCAUCGUCAGCGCCAUAUAAAACAGUUCAACGAGCGUCCUCCACUCCCUUCUCGAUCUUGAGAAUAAACGAUUUCUCUUCGGAUCUCACUCGCCGCUCUUGCCGGUCGGUCGGCUGGUCGUCGCGCGUCUCACCCAAAAGCUCCGCUCCCGAUCUCAUCUCGCGAUCACGAGGAACCCGCGAAGGACACGAUGCAAGGUCUGCGCCGAGAAGAAGAGGCGGUCGACAGAAUCGCCGGUCUCUCUCGUUUACAUCAAAAUUCCCCAUCGCACCGGUAAACAUCGAUCAGCAACAUGGUGUCGAUCAAUUUCGGAUCGAUCUCUCACCCUGAAGAAGUGAAUCUGAAGCGUUCCACGAAACAUUGGAAAUCAUUCCAUGAAGAACGCGGCGCUAACUCGCAAACCAAAUUAAGCAUUACGUCAAUGUUGUAAUUUCCCACUCGACGAUGCAACGUGUUACAUACGUGUGUUAUAUUGCACUUGCGCUGUCGAGUGGGAAAUUGUAACAUCGAUGCAAUGCUAUUGUUGGUGUUUACCUGGGCUGGCGCAACAACAAUGUGUCAACAUGAUGAAAGUGUUAAUUGAAUGUUAUAUUUGUGUACUUUUUAACACACUCCUCAGUGUUAAAGUAAUGCAAAAUUUCAGUGGACUGUUUUCAACAAACACAAUUUUUUACUGUGUAUAAUCUGUUCGAUCGUUCACUCGAACAAAUUUUGCUCGUCCGAACGAGGUCGUCUCAGUAAUCCCACCGCUUUCUUUUCUCGGUGCAGACGACGUGACGAACUCGAAGUCGCGCCUUUACCAUGCCUGAAGAGGAGACUUUCGUCUUGCGGCGCGCGUUAAAGGGGGUAGAAAAGUUCGAACUUGUGAAAAGUCGGUAAAAUUGAACUCGUUACUGCAGGUAUAAGAAUUAAUCGGAUACGAAAUCAUUUUAGUAGGCUAAUAUAUCAAAAUAAAUGAAAAAAUUAAAUUUAAAAGAUGUAAUAAAAAUAUAAUUUUAAAAAUAUUACCAUAUGAAACUGCUGCAAUCCGCCCUACCGUGCAUAUCGGUUUAGCAAAGAUUGCAAAUGAUACGGCUGGCACUUUUAAUAGAGAUAAAUGGCGCUAUGUUUUGAAAGCUUUCCUCUGUACUUUGCACUAAGAGGAAAAGAAAUACUCGACAAAAAUUGAUAAAAUGGCAUCGAAAAAAAAAUAUCGCAGAAAUGAAGUGUUUCAAAGUUUUAUAUGUAAAACGGCUGAUUUACUUGAUUUAACGAAAAAAAUAGAGUCACAGGCCUUUAACGAGCCCGAGCACAGAUUUUCUAUAGUGCUAUUAAAUAUUAAUAUUAUCAAUAUUAAUACGUCUGCGGGAGGAUGUAAAGCUUAAACUGUAUAUUAACGUACGCACCGGAUUAUUCCUCGAUAAAUAUAAUUUCACAGUGUAAUAUAAUUCCUCAUUAAAUCAUCUCAGGAUUUUGCUUUUGUAUUAAGUCAAAUUUCACCGACUUUUCGGAAGCUUAGACUUUUUUACCACCUUUUUCAAUCCUCCACGAUUUUCCGCGAGGAGUGUAUCGAUUGCGAAGCGGUUUUCCGCCUCCAACACCUGAAUCCGGUGAUUUCACACCCGUUACUCCGUUCCCCCGUGUUUUCUCAACGAAAGUAAUUCAACGCGAAUUUUGUCUUGUUAUUUUCGAUACAUUUCGAUCGUUGCGAUGAGUCAACGCCGACGACGAGGCCUCUCGCGCAACUUUCAAUACGGCUGGUUACUUACGAACCUGCAUUAUGCGAUUGCCUCGCUCUCUCCCUCCCCUCCUCACUCUCUCUCUCUCUCUUUCUCCGGUGUACAUAAAAUCUGCAUAGGAUAUCGCUUGUACCAACAACAACAAACAACAAUAUGAGUUCCCUCUCGCGGCGUGGAGAACUUUAUUAUUCGCAUCCGACGCAAGGCUUAUAAACGCCGAACUCUGAUUGCCUCCCUUAUAAGCGCGUAAUAUUAUUUAAUAUUAAGUAAUAUUUCUGGAAUAUUAAUAGAUGGUUCUAUGUCCACU